ACGAGAACAUGGACGGGUGGAGUAAAGAGUUCAUUCAUAACCUAUGACAACUGUAAAGAAGACCCCACACAGUGGUUACAGAUGCAUAAAUAAAGAUGACAGUGUCUGGUUUUGCCACAAGAAAAGCAGUUCCGGACACAAAGAUUUCCUGCUCUGCUUCUUGCACUGAGGGGGUGCCGUGGUGCUGGGGUGCAUGACGUCCCUGCCCUCAUGGGAUUUGCCUGAGUGAGGGUGCCCCUCGGCCACGAGCCCAGGGCUCCGGACCGCCAGCAGGAUGGUGGGCGAAGGCCCCUACCUCAUCUCCGACCUGGACAAGCGGAGCCGGCGGCGGAGGUCCUUUGCAGAGAGAUACGACCACAGCCUGAAGACCAUGAUCCCCAUGAGGCCGUACGCGAGGCUGGCACCCAACCCCAUGGACGACGCGGGGCUGCUCUCCUUCGCCACGUUUUCCUGGUUCACGCCACUGAUGGUGAAAGGCUACAGGCACACGCUGACGGUGGACACUCUGCCCCCACUGUCGCCGUACGACUCCUCCGACACCAACGCCCAAAGGUUCCGCGUGCUCUGGGACAAGGAGGUGGCGAGGGCGGGCCCCGAGAAGGCCUCCCUGGGCCGAGUGGUCUGGCAGUUCCAGAGGACGCGGGUCUUGAUGGACACGGUGGUCAACAUCCUGUGCGUCGUCAUGGCCGCCAUCGGGCCGAUGGUCCUCAUCCACCAGAUCCUCCGGCAGACAGAGAGCGCCGCCCGCAGCGUCUGGGUGGGCGUCGGCCUGUGCGUGGCCCUCUUUGCCACCGAGUUCACCAAAGUCCUCUUCUGGGCCCUGGCCUGGGCCAUCAACUACCGCACGGCGAUCCGGCUGAAAGUGGCCGUGUCCACCCUGGUGUUCGAGAACCUGGUGUCCUUCAAGACGCUGACGCGCAUCUCCGUGGGCGAGGUGUUCAUGGCCAAGCUCAACUCGGCUUUCCGAAGGUCAGCGAUCUCCAUGACGGACAAGCGGGUGCAGAUCAUGAACGAGUUUGUGACCUGCAUCAAGCUGAUUAAGAUGUACGCCUGGGAGAAACCCUUCACCCAGACCAUCCAAGGUAGGCAGGUGUUCAUGGCCAAGCUCAACUCGGCUUUCCGAAGGUCAGCGAUCUCCAUGACGGACAAGCGGGUGCAGAUCAUGAACGAGUUUGUGACCUGCAUCAAGCUGAUUAAGAUGUACGCCUGGGAGAAACCCUUCACCCAGACCAUCCAAGAGUUUGUGGACUCGGUCUGCUGCUCACCCCAGUCCACAUCUCGGACUUCGGAGCAGCUGACGCUCUGCGACCCUGGCCGCCCCUCUCACCGAGACGCACAGGCCAUCCGGGCAUUCAGUGUGAUCGCCAUGUUCAAUGUGAUGAAGUUCUCCAUCGCGAUCCUGCCCUUUUCCGUCAAGGCGGCGGCCGAAGCCAGCGUCUCCCUGAGGAGAAUGAAGAGAAUUCUCGUAGCCAGAAGCUCCCCCUCCUACAUCACCCAACCAGAAGGCACAGACACUGUCUUGCUUUUAGCAAAUGCCACCCUGACGUGGGAGCAAGAGGCCGGCCGGGAAAGCGACGUAAAGAAAGCGGAGAAGCAGGAAAAGCGCCUUCUCACGAAACAAAGGUUGGAGACGUACAGGCCGAGUGCCUCGGCCCCGGGCGCCGCGGGACCGGAGGACCGGAGCGGUGGCGGCAAGUCUGUCCUGCACAACAUCAGCUUCGUGGUGAGGAAGGGGAAGGUCCUGGGGAUUUGCGGGAACAUUGGGAGCGGGAAGAGCUCCCUCCUCGCAGCUCUGCUGGGUCAGAUGCAGCUGCAGCAGGGGGUGGUGGCGGUCAGCGGGACCCUGGCCUACGUGUCCCAGCAGGCGUGGAUCUUCCACGGGAGCGUGAGGGAGAACAUCCUGUUCGGAGCCAAGUACGACCACCAGAGAUACCAGCACACGGUACGAGUCUGCGCCCUCCAGGAGGACCUGAGCAGCCUGCCUUACGGGGACCUGACCGAGAUCGGGGAGCGGGGCCUCAACCUCUCGGGGGGGCAGAGACAGAGGAUCAGCCUGGCCCGCGCCGUCUACUCGGACCGCGAGGUCUACCUGCUGGACGACCCGCUGUCGGCCGUGGAUGCCCGCGUGGGGAAGCACGUCUUCGAGGAGUGCAUCCGGAAGGCGCUCCGCGGCAAGACGGUCGUCCUGGUGACGCACCAGCUGCAGGUGACGGCCCUCCCGUGGGAAGGGCUCCCCUGCCCCUUCCCCUCAGCCUAGACCCCCCACGCGGGGCGUGUGGUAAAGAACUUGGCCCUCCUCUCCUUUCCGCACUGGUUCUGUCCCCAGGACCCUGAGCACAUCUACAACGCGGCAAUGGUGGAGGCCCUGCAGGAGGGCCCCGCGGACAGAGACGAAGUUCUGGCUCCCGAUGAGAAAGAGGAAGGAAAAGAAUCCGACACGUACUCAGAAUUCAUAGACGUCAAAGCCCCUCUGCACCAGCUCGUCCAGACCCAGCCCCCCCGGGAAGGAGCCGUGACCUGGAGGACGUAUCACACGUACAUUAAGGCGGCUGGAGGCUACCUCCUCUCCCUCUUCACCGUGACGCUCUUCCUCCUCAUGAUCGGCAGCACCGCCUUCAGCAACUGGUGGCUGGGCUUCUGGCUGGACAAGGCCUCGGAGAUGACCUGUGGGCCGCAGACCAGCCAGGGCCCGUGUGAGAUCGGCACGGUGCUGGCCGACACCGGCCACGGCGUGUACCAGUGGGUGUACGCAAGCAGCAUGGCGUCCGUGCUGGCGUUCGGCAUCACCAAGGGCUUCACCUUCACCAAGACCACCCUGAUGGCGUCUUCCGCGCUGCACGACCGCAUGUUUGACAAGAUCUCGCAGAGCCCAAUGAGCUUCUUCGACAUGACGCCCAGCGGCCGGCUCAUGAACCAGUUCUCCAAGGACAUGGACGAGCUGGACGUGAGGCUGCCCUUCCACACGGAGAGCUUCCUGCAGCAGAUCUCCCUCGUGGCCUUCAUCCUCGUGGUCCUGGCCGCCGUGUUCCCCGCCGUCCUCCUGGUGCUGGCCGGCCUCGCCGUGGGCUUCCUGGUGCUUCUAUGCGUCUUCUACCGAGGAGUCCAGGAGAUCAAGAAGGUGGAGAAUGUGAGCCGCUCGCCCUGGUUCUCACACAUCACCUCGUCCAUGCAAGGCCUGGGCAUCAUCCACGCCUACGACAGGCGGGAGGACUGCAUCGCCAAGUUUAAGAUGCUCAACGACGAGAACUCCAGCCACCUCCUGUACUUCAACUGCGCCCUGCGCUGGUUCGCCCUGAGGAUGGACGUCCUCAUGAACAUCGUCACCUUCAUCGUGGCCCUGAUGGUGACCCUGAGUUUCUUCUCCGUCAGCGCCGCGUCCAAAGGCUUGUCGCUGUCCUACAUCAUCCAGCUCAGCGGGCUGCUGCAGGUGUGCGUGCGCACGGGGACCGAGACCCAGGCCAAGUUCACCUCCGUGGAGCUACUCCGGGCGUACAUCUCGACCUGUGCUCCUGAAAGCGCCCAGCCCCUCCCAGCGGGGCCCUGUCCCCAGGACUGGCCCAGCCGCGGGGAGAUCACGUUCAGAGACUAUCGGAUGCGGUACAGGGACGGCACGCCCCUCGUCCUCGACGGGCUCAACCUGCACAUCCGGAGCGGGCAGACGGUGGGCAUCGUGGGAAGAACAGGCUCUGGGAAGUCGUCGCUGGGAAUGGCCCUGUUCCGCCUGGUGGAGCCGGCGGGCGGCACCAUCCUCAUCGACGGGGUGGACAUCUGCUCGGUGGGGCUGGAGGACCUCAGGACCAAGCUGACCGCCAUCCCCCAGGACCCCGUGCUGUUUGUAGGUACAGUAAGGUUCAACCUGGACCCCUUCGAGAGGCACACGGACGAGAUGCUCUGGCAGGUGCUGGAGCGAACGUUCAUGCGAGACACGAUAAUGAGGCUCCCAGACAGGCUGCAGGCCGAAGUCAUGGAGAACGGCGAGAACUUCUCUGUCGGGGAGCGGCAGCUCCUCUGCAUGGCCCGGGCGCUGCUCCGUGACUCCAAAAUCAUUCUCCUAGAUGAGGCCACUGCCUCCAUGGACUCCAAGACUGACAGCCUUGUGCAGAACACCAUCAAAGACGCCUUCAAAGACUGCACGGUGCUGACCAUUGCCCACCGCCUCAACACGGUCCUCAACUGCGACCUCGUCCUGGUCAUGGAAAACGGGAAGGUGGUCGAGUUUGACAAGCCCGAAGUCCUUGCUGAGAAGCCAGAUUCUGCAUUCGCAAUGCUCCUCGCAGCGGAGAACAAAGUCCGAGCAUAAAGGGCCCAGUGGGCUGAGAGGAGGAGGAGGACCUGGAUGGGCCUGCGGGAGGAGGGCCCUCAUCCCCGCAGGCAGCCUUGGCCACGGCCCGCCCACCCCGACCCAGGCUGAGCUGAGCAGAGGUCCACGCCUCCUCACCUCACUGGGCAGCCUGGGCUGGUUGGGUGGUGAACAGAGGUAGACGAAGCUAGAGGGUUAACAACUGCCCCUCACACCCUGAAACCCCAAGGGCCCCUCACUGUCCUCAUCAACACCACCUCCGUGCCUGAAAAAUAGCCACUGUCAGUUAAAAACUGGUCAAAGUAAACAGAACGGGCACAUUCCUGGGAGGGAGUGUGCAAAGGUUCCUGCCUGUUGUCAGGAGGGGAAAGAGCCCGGUUUCCUCCCGUCUGACUUCUAUCCACACGUACCUGAGUGUGAGAUGCGCAGUAACCACGCGGGUCUGCAGCACGAAAGACGGAUUACAGUGUUUAGCAAAAAACCUUUGAAAAAAUCAUACUGCAUGUGCCAUUUGAUCCAUGACAAUAACCAGAACAAGAUGCUGGAGUUCCUCUAUAAAUGACAUUUUUAUAUCUUCUCUGUCGGUCAUUAAAAUGCGGUAGGAAAUGAACCCAC